GGCAAGCCCGGGGCCGCUGCUCACAAGCCGCUCGGCUCUGCUCGGCCGGCAGCGCUGCAGCGCAGCGGACGCAACGACCUGCAGCGAGGAAUGGAGGCGCUGGCAGCCCUCAAUGCAGACAAGCAAAUUGCCGCAAGUGAAAAAAGAGGCGUGCAGACGAGCAGGGUCGGAGUUACGAAUCUCGAGGAUUUAUUUUCAUUAGAUAUUAUUUAUUCUUUAAAAAAAAAACAGCAACCAGGAAAACCAAUGCUUAUUUAAUAAGUGCCUUGGAAGCGAGAGGGACAGGGUGCAAUCCGUGCUCAGGAGAUAAAGCUGCCAUUCCCAAGCUCGGGGGUUGAAAAGAGGGCAAAGUGGUGCGGUGGAGAACACAGAUCAAUUGAUAUCCAGCACCGGCAGAACGUUUAUUAUAGCUUGCUGCCUUUUUCCGCUGCCUCUGGUUGCACCGUCUUCAAAUGAAAUUUGAUCAACCAACAGCUGCAUAUCAAAUAAAAACACUGCUUGAUGUCUUAAUAUGGGAUUGAAGUCUGCCUGGCUCUCGAUCCAAGACUAGCUGGUCAGUGAGAACUCAGCAGUGAAGAUGGCUGCAAGGAUAAGCCUGCGAUGCUGCUUCCUCCUGUCCGUGUCUGGCUAUCUGCUGUGUGCCCUCGCCCAGGGGACAAACCUCACCGUUGUAAACGGGACGGAGCGGAUGGUGGGACGGGUGCCUUUUAUUACGUCUCAGCUGGAUCACCUGAUCGCCAAGGAGGGGCUCAGCGUGGCGAUCGGCUGCAACGUCAGUGGGAGCCCCGUGCUGCAGGUCCAGUGGUACAACUCGAAUGGCCGCUUGCUGAAUCAGGAGGAGGGGAAGUGUUGGAUAUCGGAGAGCGGUUUGCUGAACAUCACCAUGGUGACGUUUGAGGAUCGAGGGAAGUACACUUGUGUGGCCUCCAACCCUUACGGGACCAUCAACUACACGGUGACUCUACGAGUCAUCUUCACCUCGGGGGAUAUGGGCAUUUACUACAUGAUCGUUUGCCUCGUGGCGUUCACUAUAGUGAUGAUCUUGAACGUCACCCGCCUGUGUAUGAUGAGCAGCCACCUCAAGAAGACCGAGAAAGCCAUCAAUGAGUUUUUCAGGACAGAGGGUGCUGAGAAGCUGCAGAAAGCCUUCGAGAUUGCGAAGCGCAUCCCCAUCAUCACGUCGGCCAAGACCCUAGAGCUGGCCAAGGUCACCCAAUUCAAGACGAUGGAAUUUGCCCGCUACAUAGAGGAGCUGGCCAGAAGCGUGCCUCUCCCUCCGCUCAUCAUGAACUGCAAGAUGCUUGUGGAGGAGAUCAUGGAGGUUGUAGGCAUGGAAGAGGCAAGUCAUAUGUACGUGGGAGAUGUGCCGGCCAGGCGGGACGCUCAGGGUGAACUGUACUCCGUACCCAACGCUAUAAAGUGGAGUAACUCGUCGGCUGGGGACUCGGACGAGGUGUCUUUGCACGAGCAGCCCCAACAGAUUGCAAUUAAGGUGUCUGUGCACCCCUUGACUAACAGCGAGGAGGGACAAUCUCAGCAAAGUGCCAGCCACCAGCCCGAGGAGGAUGCCGAGGAGACGGAGGCAGGACCGGCGGACGCUGGGCAGAACUCCGAACCGGCGGAUGGCCAGAACUCCGAACCGGCGGGCCAGAACUCCGAACCGGCGGAUUUUGGCCAGAACUCCGAACCGGCGGAUGCUGGCCAGAACUCCGAGCCGGAGAUUGCCUGCGAGGAUACGGUGCCAGAAGCCAACGGCGACCAUGUCACAGUGGUGGUGAUGGAAAACAUCGAGCAUCCUUCACCAGCCGUGGUCCGGAAACCCACCCGGGUUCUGUAUGAGAGCCACGUGUAGUGCGAGCUCCUCACAUCCUCAGACAUGACAGUCGGCACGGUCUUAACAAUAAAAACAUUACCAGAAGAUCAUUGCAGAAGAGAAGCAAAUGAAAUAAGCAUGUUUUGUUUUAAAUUAUGUUGCGUCGGGUUACUUUGGUCACUACUGGCAUCACAUUGAAAUAGUUAAUUUUGUUUGGGGGGG